AUGUCUUCAGCUUCUUCCUCAUGUCUCAUAAUCUUGGCAAUUCUUUUCUGCUCAUCAGCUCAAGAAAUCUCUCAAGAUCAACCAAAUGUCCAAACUCAACAAAUAGUUGAGGCUCAAGAAGUCCCAGCUGAGUCCGACUUCCGUGAGCCACUCAUUCUUCGUCCACGAAUUCUAACUCCACAAAUGUUCCAAUUCCGUUCGCCAAUCACAUGCCGUGCUCAAUGUGCACAACUUUGUCGACCAGUUUUGGGAGUUUGUGAUCGAUAUAAUAAAUGUGUUUGUUUGAAUAAUUAUGUACUUUGA